CGUCAAACAAGCAUAGAAAAUCAUAUGUUUUGAAAUCUUUAGAAAUAUCAAGAAAUUCGAAUUUCUUGUUUUUCAGAAAAAAAACAACAAUACUAUCUGUUUUAGACAUUUUGUUUUACGAUUUAUCAUUUAUAUAACACAGUCUCUUGUUUUUGGUAUGUUUGUAUCCUCCUAACCUAGAUAUUAUGGCAGCAGAUAAUAACUGGAGAGAAAAUAUAAAAUCUCAAUUAGAGCAUAGGAAUAAAUUGGAAUCCCAUAAAUUUCAGAAUAUAAUAGCUCAAAACAAUAAAAUAUUUAAGUAUGCCAAUGCUCUCCGAACAGAAAACAAUCAGCUUUCGAAUCAAAUAGAAAGAUUGAAAAUUGGCGAAGGAAAGGGGGGUGGAAGUGACUCACGUUACCAAGAUAAAAUUCAGUUUCUGGAGCAGAAACUUCUGACCCAACAGGAAGAACUAACAGAAUUACAUCGAAGGAAAGGAGAAAAUGCACAACAAAUUAUUGACCUUACUGCAAAACUUCAAGAACAGGAUAAAUUAUUACAGAGUCGGGAUACAAGUAUUGCAGAAAUGACUAAAGAAAGAAUAAGUAUGAAGGCUGAAAUUGGAAUGUAUGAGAAAGCUCUGAAAGAACUGCAGUACCUCAUAGACACUUUAAGAGAUGAACAUCAGGCGCUACAGAUGGCGUUCAAUGCCUUAGAGGAAAAAUUACGAACUACUCAGGACGAGAACAGGCAACUGGUUGAACGGCUCAUCAAAUACAAAACGAAAGAUGUCGAUCGACUGAACGAGGAGAACGACAACUUCCUUAGUGAUGGGCCCAAAAAAAUACUGAGCACAUUUGGUCUUUUCAAAAGGAAAAAAUACCUCAAAGUUCAGAAGGACAUCGAGGAAGCAUGUAGAGAUACUAGUAGAGAAUCAUUUGAUGAAGUUUCAGAGGCUUAUAACAUUCCUUUGCAAGAGACGAUGUUACCUACUAAGUGUGUUGCGAAAAUGGACGCGCAUGACGGGGAAGUGAACGCUGUUAAAUGGAGCCCUGCCGACGGUAUGGUAGCGACGGCGGGCGCCGACAGAAAGGUUAAACUUUGGGACGCGUCUAAAGGUCACGUAGUGAGCAAAGGCAUGCUAGUCGGUAGUAACGCGGGUGUUAUGUCUUUGGACUUUGAUUCAACGGGUUCGCUGAUUCUUGCUGCUUCCAACGACUAUGCCAGUAGGGUGUGGACGGUGUCGGACAUGAGAUUAAGGGUGAGUAUUUUCUGUUAUUGUGCACGUCAAGAGGUACAAUUCAAUAUAUGUAUAUGA